GUCUGUAUUUUCUUAACUUUUUUUGUCGAGAUAUAUGGAUGAAACUACUCCUAUUUAUCACCAAUUGUUGAUCUAUCUUUUAUAAUGAUGAAUUUGCUUAAAAAGUGGAUUUUCUUCAUUGCUUCUGCUCAUAUUUUUCUGGGACUUGUUGCUUUUGUUGGAAGUGAACUUCAGGCUAAUAAUGAUGGUCAGGCCUGUCUCCAAGGGUCAAGUGAAGAUGCUGAAAGCUGCAUACCAAGACAGAUGGAGUCUGACUCAGGCAAUACUCGUGCAUCAACUUCCUUCAGUGGCACUCAGCUGAAAAGUCCCGCUGACCCGGCACCGGCGGAGGCAGAGUGGUCGGAGCCGCCGUCCGCGGCCGACCGCCAGUGCUCCGGGUCGUGUCGCCGCCUGCCGCCGCCCUGUCUCAGCUGCCGGUUCAACAGCUCGUGCGUGUACGGAGCCAACGUGACGGUGCGCUGCCGACCGGCGGAGGGCGUCAGCUGCACGGGUCGAAAUGACUCGUUCGACCGGACGAUGGUGUGCGCCUAUUGUUACCAGACGCCCGUCUGGCAGCACAGCUGCAGCAUGUGCGACGCUUCGGUGGUGCACAAAACGCCCGGACGCAAGUUCUACAGGGCCAACUGCACGGUGGACGAAAACGUUCUGUGCAUGGGCAACCGGACGUUCUACAAGCGUCUGGUGUGCAAGUGGACCAAGGGCGACCGGUGGAGCACCGCGCUCACGCUCAGCAUCAUACUGGGAGGCUUCGGCGUCGAUAGGUUCUACCUGGGCCACUGGCAGGAGGCGAUCGGAAAGUUCUUCAGUUUCGGCGGUCUGGGCGUGUGGACACUGAUCGACGUGGUGCUCAUCGCCAUCGGCUACCUCAGUCCCGCUGACGGCUCGCUCUACAUCACGUGACCGGCUGCCGUAACAACCGACCGUGUCACGUGACUCUGUGCGGAACGAUGGAGCCAUGGCACGUGACAGACCGUGCGACAGCUGGCCGUGUCCCGCGAGUGAUUGCAUCACGGACGUUCUGAAUGGCGGGAGUGGCCGUGGCGCUGACUGCAAACCACAUGAGCCAUGCCGACUGUAUCUAGACUGUGCCCAGUCGCGUGUCAUCCCUGCUCAGCGUUAGUGCGACCGGCCGUUAAGUCAGAGACGGAUUUAUCGGACACGUGACUGGCACCUACGUGUCUGACUCGAUGUGUGUGAGUUGGCAAGGUUCAGCGGACUCCUCAGUAUGAAGUGGAUGAGUGGCGGUGGCCGUCCUGCUGUCUAGUGAUGGAGGGAGACUUCAGUAGCAGCGGUCCCUUUUUUGAGUCUGUGUUGAGUGGUCGCUCGGCAGUCCCCGUGAUCUCUCAUCGGGAUGGGUUGGUGCCUGGAGGUUAUUCAUUCACACCCAUCAUUUUCCGCACUUCUCGGUGUCGUAGACAGCGCGGGGUUCUCCGACCCGCAGUACCGGUUCCGGCGGAUACCCGCAACUGAAGUGAUUCCGCGACCUUUGUACGGUCUCCCAUUGGUCGAUGGGAGUGGGUGGGCCGGGGCAGCUGACCGGCGCCCCUCGCCGCCCGAUACUGCCCCCGCAGCUCCGCUCUAAUCUGCACACACGGAUUACUGCGGACGGCCGCGAUAAGGGCGUUUUUGCCAGUCGAAGGUCGUGCUAUCGCGACAGGCCCGAAUGAGCUACGGGCGCGCUGCCGGACGCCGGUUAUUUAUCGCCCCGGACCGGAUCGCUCGCGCGGGACCGAACUGUGCGUCUAAAGGCGGUUAGACACGGUGCGUAGAGCUGAGAGUAAUGGCAUUAAGCGAUGAAAGAAGCUGUGAUAUUGUUUGGAUGUUAAGUGGUGUAGAUUCGGAUUUGUUUCUUGAUGCUGUACAGUGUACAGCACAAUGUUGCGUCGUGUCAUCAAACAACACGACAAAAUGCUAAUAUGAACGUAAUACAUCUGGACUAUUUUUGUCUUUUA